AAGCCCCGCCCUCGGACUCAGAGAAAGCGCUGCGACAUUUCCGGCAGGAGAGCGACUCCUGGCUCGUAGGCGUGUGCACCCUCGUUGGCGAGUGCAGACAUUUGGGAAGGAGGUGCAGGCCUGGUGUGAUCUUCCAUUUGGACAGAGUGAAAGAGAACAAUGGAGAAGGACUCUGGCCCACUAGUGCCUAUACAUUGGAUCGGCUUUGGCUACGCAGCACUGGUUGCUUCCGGCGGGAUCAUUGGCUAUGCAAGAGCAGGCAGUGUCCCGUCCCUGGCUGCCGGGCUCCUCUUCGGUGGAUUAGCGGGCCUCGGGGCCUAUCAGCUGUCUCAGGAUCCAAGGAACAUUUGGCUUUUCUUAGUUACAUCUGGAACCUUGGCUGGCAUUAUGGGAAUGAGAUUCUACCACUCUGGAAAAUUUAUGCCUGCAGGCUUAAUUGCAGGUGCCAGACUUGGGAAGAGCAAGUGGAAGGCUACGUUUGCCUCCUGGUCCUUGUAUUUGUCUGUACAUGAACUGCCUGGGGAAAAACUGCACUGGGUUGCAAGUCCAGUUGCAAUCCAGAGCAGUCAACUCCUCAGGUGGCUCAGUUUGCAAGAACUCAUCUGUGCUACACAGACACUCUGCCCUGGAACCUGGCUCCUUGGAGGAUGGCGUAGCUGGGGCCCCCAGCCAACACUUGAGGAGAAGGAAGUUCCUUUGCAGUCUGUUCAGGAAAAGGAUGGGAGCGGCAUGGCACAGGAUGCUUUCUAUCUUCAGUCACUUAUUACUAAUACAUUGCAUGAUGAAGGAUUUCAGAAAAUAAAAGAAUAUUUUCGACAGAGAGAGCGCCACGUUCCUCAAAAAUAUAAUAAUCUUUUGUUACACCAUCUUGACAGAUCAAUAAAUAAGGAGCUGGAUAAAAAUGAAUUUCUGUGUGCUUCACUGUUGCUGAAAUGUGUUCAGCGAUUCUUCAUUGAUGGCCUCAGAGAAGAUGAGCCUUUGCUCAUUCAGCAGGGACUGAUCCCAAAGAUGGUUUCCUGGUUUGAAAGAACAACAGGAUUUCUGACCAUGCCAGACCUAGCCUCGGACAUAUAUCUGAUUAAUGUGACGGAAGACUUUUUUGACACAGCCUUGAUUAUUUCCAGAACUAGUAGUAAAGGGAAAAGUCAGAUGUUGGGUUCCUUCAUAUUUACCUUAGGAUUUCUGGUGACAGAAGAGAGUAUAAAUCGUUUGAUCCAGCAGGAGGCACUGAGGACCUUGAACUUCCUUCUGCAAGCUGUACCUCGGGAGGAGAGAAAACAACUUGUCUUGUCGGAAGGCUCGUGUCGUCUUAUGAAAGACCUUGCAAGGACAAUCUUGACUGUGGGUGAUUAUGACCAGCAGGUGGCUCUCUGUGAAGCCUUGUGUAGACUGACCAUGAAAAAAUCAAGGGAAGACUUUGUCCGUCAGUGGUUUGAAGAUGAUGCCAUUGCUGAGGCUUUCAAAGCAAUUAAAGAUCGAGAAUUUGAGACGGAUUGUAGACGGUUUCUCAAUCACCUAAAUGACAGACUUGGUGACCAAAGAAGGGUCUAUUCAUUUCCAUGCAUUGCUGCUUUUGCUGAUGAUUUUGAGAUGAGAAAACCUGCAGAUGAAAAAUUAGAGAAAUUUUGGAUUGAUUUCAACCUAGGAACUCAGAGUGUAACUUUUUAUAUAAACAAUCCUGAGAGCACUUUAUGGGACUCAGUAAGACUUUUGAAGGAAGCAGCGAUUAAUUUCAGCAUAAUAGAAACUGAGAUGAAGAUGCUCAAAAUUUACCUGAAGAAGCCUAUUAAUAUCAGAAACAAAGAAGUGAUGAAAAUAGAAAUUCAUUUUGAAUUGCAAUUCAACAUAGCACAAGCUUCCAUUAAAGCUUUAGGAGAUGACAAACAGUUGAGGCCUGACCAGACGAAAAUCUCCUCAGACCGUUCUGGUGAGUUUGAGAAAGACGACACUGAGAUUCCUAGCAGCCACGAAAGAGAGACAGACCAAGCAAAGGAAUCUACCGAGCUGGCAGAGUUAACCAGUGCUGAAGAUAACAAUUGCCCAACAACUCUCCCCUUAAAUAACCAGGCUGAGCCUACUCAAACAAAUACAGCUGAUAAUUCACCUGAAAAAUCGAAACUGGAUGAUACACAAAAAGUUACUUCAAAACUCGAAUAUUCUUUAGAUUUACAAGAACCAUCAGCAAAAAUGCAGGUUCCUGAAUUAAAUGAUACAUCUAGGGAAGAGUCUGCUUUGGAGGGUGACAGAAAGCAAGAAACAAGGAUGUCGUCUAAUUAUAGGAAACACCUCUUCUCAGAGAGUAAUGAAGACUCAAGUACUAGUGCCAGUGAACUGUCUUGGACCAGUAACCAAAAAAGGAAAUCCCUAAAGUCAUAUACUAAUAGAAAAAAGAUAAGAACCAGAAGUAACAUAAAAACCUUGCCACUUUUCCCCCUCAGUAGUGGCAGUGACCUUGAGAAAGAUGAAGCUAAAAUUCUAACACCAUUACGGAAAGAUACCUCUAGGCAAAAUAAUGUCACACCCCCAAAAAUUUCUGGAACGGAAUUUCAGAGUAGUUCUGCCUUUUUAACUCCUGAAGAUUCUGCCCAGAAGAUAGAACUUCAAAGUCCCCCCCCACCGAGUGAUCUCUCUUCCUUGGAGCACUCAGAUGUUGAAGAAAAUGUAUCUGAGACUGUGACCCAAGAGUCAUUGGUGAAAAGUACUGGCUUCAAACAUAAACUGCAAAACUUGGAAGACAGAGACAGAGCAGAUGGUCAUUUCGCUAAGGGGAAACAGUCCCGAUUGGAAGAAGGUGAUGCUCCAGGAUGCCUUUCCUCAGUGGCAGAAGAAACAGACUUGGCAGAAGGCAUUUCUACCUCAUCCUUAAAAGUUAUUCCAGAGAACUUGAAAGGUUCUGCAAUGAUCACCACCUUUGAAAACUUCACUAGAGAACUGAAAAGAAAAUACGAGCUUAGGUACAGAAGGAGCCCACUUUAUUCAGAAACUGCAAAGCAAGCACCAGAUUGCCUAACAAAACUUUUAAACCAGAUACAUCUGUGCAGACUGAAUAAACUAGAACAGUUUCACACUUUAGUUCUUCAAGAGCUGAGCAAUCUUGAGAAGGAUAUUGGGGGUCUGCAACGCCUUGAGGAGGAUGUUCUGGAAUUUUGGGGGAAACAGUCUGAUGAUCUGAAAUCAUUCUGUGAACUGCAGCUGCUGAGUCUGAGCCAUGGGAAGGAGAUAAAUCCACCUCAAACCACAGAAGCGGUGCCUUAAUGCUCUGUGCUCAUUCACUCCAAAUGGAAUUCCUGAGACCAGUCAAGUUGGAAUAGUCCGUAAUAUGUUGGUAGUUUGUCCAUUUGUUUACAAAGGUUAAGCUUUUGUAUUAAAAUUUCGUCAGAAAAUAGGAAAUUCAGGAUGUUUAGCAACUUGGAGUGAUUUGCUUUUUUUUUUUUUUUAAUGAUUUUUUAAAGGAAAAUUGAUUUUUGAGAAGUGUCUUCAAGUUAUUUGGGGGCAGGGAAACCUCAGCAUCUGUAUAUAUACUACUUAGUAUAUCUCUUUAAGGGAGGGUUUACUUCUAUUUUCAUAGCUCAGAUGAAAAUUGUGUUGUAUUUUGAAAUAGUUACUCUUUCAUUUGAUCUGCAAAUGUUCUAGUUUCUGUAGAACUUUAACAAAACUACCAGCUUUAGAAGAGGAGAAAUAUUCAUCUUUCAGUAAUUACUAAAUGCUCUAAUAAAGUCUGGUGCAUGAAGUUGUAUAUACAGUUGAGUGAAUUU